AACCAGUCACAGCCAUUCAUUCGGUACAGCUCGUCGCGCAUACUGACAGGUGUAGUCGUUAUCUCUCAGACAGUUAAACCCCCCCUCUCCCCUCCCGGCAUGGCUGCAGACUCCAUGGAGAUUGACGACUCUCUUUACAGCCGCCAGCGAUAUGUGCUGGGAGACAGUGCUAUGCACCAGAUGGCCCAGUCCUCAGUCUUUCUCAGUGGAAUGGGAGGACUGGGAAUUGAGAUAGCAAAGAAUAUCGUAUUGGCUGGUGUCAAGGCAGUCACACUUCAUGACACAAAGCAAUGUGAGACGUGGGAUCUGGGCUCCAACUUCUUUAUCCGUGAUGAGGAUGUGUUGAGCCAGAAGAGGAGGGUGGAGGCGGUGUGCCCUCGAGUCGCAGAGUUGAACCCUUAUGUCCACGUUGACAUGUCUUCCUCCGCUCUGGAUGACAACACUGAUCUCAGCUUUCUGAGGAAGUAUCAGUGUGUCAUAUUGACUGAAGCAAGAUUGAGCCUCCAAAAGAGAGUAAAUGAGUUCUGCCACUCACAACAACCCCCCAUCAGGUUCAUCGGCUGUGAUGCGUAUGGCAUCUGUGUGCGGGUGUUCUGUGAUUUUGGAGAGGAGUUCGAGGUUUCAGAUCCCACAGGAGAGGAGCCCAAAGAGAUUUUCAUACAAACUAUCUCUCAGGACAAUCCUGGGGUGGUUACCUGCAUGGACAACCAGCCACAUGGCCUUCAGACCGGCCAGAGUGUUGUCUUCAGAGAGGUCAAUGGCAUGUCCGAACUCAACGGAACUUCAAGACAGGUUUCAGUCCUUUCCCCUCACAGCUUUUCAAUAGGAGACACAUCUGGACUACAACCAUAUGAACACGGAGGCUUCUUUGUUCUGGUGAAAACCCCCAAAACGUACAGAUUUGAGACCUUAGAGAAACAGUUGUGUGACCCUCAGGUCCUGACUCCAGACUUAAGUAAACCAGAGGCCCCACUCCAAAUCCAUGCAGCCAUGUUGGCUCUGGACACCUUCCAGGAGCAGCACAGUAGACUCCCUAACGUCGGGUGUUUACAGGAUGCUGAGGUUUUACUGAAGCUUACCCAAGAAGUGAACGCGACUCUCAGGAACAAAGCUUCUGUAAAUACUGAGUUGGUGCGCUGUCUGUCAAGAACAGCCCGAGGAUUUCUUCCUCCCUUAGCGGCAGCUGUAGGAGGUCUAGCCAGCCAGGAAGUUCUUAAAGCCAUCACAGGGAAAUUUGCACCUUUGCAGCAAUGGUUUUAUCUAGAUGCCACCGAGGUAGUCAGGCCGCUUCAGUCUCUCUCUGCGGAGGAGUUUUCCCCACGGGGCGAUCGAUAUGAUGGAUUACGAGCUUGCAUUGGGGAAUCAAUGUGUUUAGAACUUCAAAAGCUCAGGGUCUUUAUGGUGGGCUGUGGGGCCAUAGGCUGUGAGAUGCUGAAAAACUUUGCCCUGCUCGGAGUGGGAUUGACCAAGAGCUCAGGAGAGGUAUGCAUCACAGACCCAGACCUUAUAGAGAAAUCCAACCUCAACCGACAGUUUCUCUUCAGACCACAUCACAUACAGAAACCGAAGAGCACCACAGCAGCAGAAGCCACCUGUGAUAUCAACCCAGAGCUGCAGGUGGACGCUCAUCUAAACAAGGUGUGCCCGGCUACUGAGAACAUUUACAGUGACACCUUCUACUCACGCAUGAACAUAGUGGUCACUGCGCUGGACAACGUGGAGGCCCGGAGAUAUGUAGACAGCCGUUGUUUAUCCAAUCAGAGACCUCUCCUGGACUCUGGCACCAUGGGAACCAAAGGACACACAGAAAUAAUUGUGCCAAAUUUGACAGAAUCUUACAAUAGCCAUAGGGACCCCCCAGAAGAGGAGAUCCCGUUCUGCACUCUCAAGUCCUUCCCUUCUGUCAUAGAGCACACCAUUCAGUGGGCCAGGGACAAGUUUGAGAAUGCAUUUGUUCACAAGCCCUCCAUAUACAACUCAUUCUGGCAGACCCACCCCUCCGCUGAAGUGGUGCUUCAGAGGAUGCAGACAGGGGAAAGUCUGGAGGGGUCCUUCCAGGUUAUUAAGCUGCUGAGCAGACGUCCCAGUCAGUGGGAACAGUGCAUCACUGUUGCACGUCUGAAAUUUGAAAAGUAUUUCAAGAGAAAGGCCCUACAACUGUUGCACUCUUUCCCCCUGGACACAAGGUUAAAAGAUGGAAGUUUGUUUUGGCAGUCCCCAAAAAGACCUCCAGCUCCUUUUGAUUUUGACUUGACAGACUCUAUGCACUUCACUUUCAUUGUCAGCACUGCCCGACUCUUUGCAGAGACUUACAACAUCCCGUACUCAGAAAAGGAUCUCUCUGAGGAGGCGGUGGCCCGGGUUCUCUCAGGUGUCAGGAUUCCCGAGUACAGGCCCUCCCAGAAAAGUAUAGAGACGGACGAGACGGCAAAGAAGCCCGAUCAGGCGAAGAUGCCUCUGAGCAGUGAAGAGGAGAGGGAGGCCAUCAUACAGCUGGAGCAGGCCAUCGCUACUGACAACGUCACAGCAGAGCGGUUACGGAUGAGUCCACUGCAGUUUGAAAAGGACGACGACAGCAACGGCCAUAUGGACUUUGUGGCGUCGGCAUCUGCGCUCAGAGCCAGGAUGUACUCCAUCGAGCCCGCUGACAGACUCAAGACUAAACGCAUCGCCGGCAAGAUCAUCCCUGCCAUCGCCACGGCAACAGCUGCUGUGGCUGGAUUGGUGGCCCUCGAGUUGAUCAAGGUGGUUGGAGGCUACGAGUUUGAAUCUUUCAAAAACUGCUUCUUCAACUUGGCCAUUCCUGUCAUGGUGCUCACAGAGCCCGCCCCCGUGAAAAGGGCACUCAUCAGGGACAACAUCUAUUUCUCCAUCUGGGACUGCUGGACUAUCUUUGGCCAUGAAGACUUCACGCUGUCUGACUUCAUGAAUGCAGUGAGGGAAAAGUAUGGAAUUGAACCCACGAUGGUCGUCCAUGGUGUGAAGAUGCUCUAUGUGCCUGUGAUGCCUGGACACUCAAAGAGGCUCAAACUAACGAUGCAAAAGCUGAUCAGGCCAUCCGUGGACCGCCGCUACGUCGACCUCACUGUGUCAUUUGCUCCGGAGACUGACGGAGACGACGACCUGCCCGGUCCUCCGGUCAGGUACCACUUCAGCCGCGACGGAGAGACUCCCUGACACCUUCUUAGAUGUCAUCCUCUAGCCUCUCGUGUCCUUACUUAUCUCAUGUAAAUUGUUCUACCCCUGAUAACCUUGGCCGGGAGCCUUCUCGCAGGAAGCUAUCUCACACGGGAAAAGCUCUUGGCCCCAGCUCAAGCCCCUCCCCCCAAAUCCCCCCUGUACUUCAUGGAGCAAGCAAAGGCGAGUCCUGGUUCCAGUAUUUCUUGCCACAGAUCUAGCCAGUGGAACACGAGGCUGCUGAAGUAGCACUUAACUGUACCUGUGUACAUAUAUUUUCUCUUAUGUUUUGUACUCCGGUGAAAUGCACAGCUCUGCCUGUGUCGAUGCCUUAAUUGAUUAAUGAUUUUAUUUCUGUUUGUGGCAGUGAGUCUGACUAAAAUCUAUGUUUACAGCAACCUGCAUACUCCCAACACACAUCGGUCUCUGUUCUGUUUGAAGUCGGCUAGACCCUAAAGGGGGCUGUGAUUGGACUAUUUGGGCAGUGAAGUGGGAUUGUGAUUGGAAAGCUUCACAUCUUCUUCUUCUUCUUCCCCAAUGUCCUCUCAAAUGAUUGCCAACUACAGAAUUUGCCGGUCACCUCCCAGUUUUAGAAACAGGUCAAAGCUGAUAUUUGUUGUAUGAUUUGGAAGUUAAAAAAAAUGUCAGUAUAAAACAGCAAAACCACCAAAGAUACUGAUGAUCGUUGUGUGCAGAUUUGUUUUCAUUUUUGAUCACUUUGGCGGCCUCAGAAAUCACAUUUGGAUCAUAGGGGACGGGUAUUAUGAACCGAACAUUACAGAGCAACACACACCAGCAGCGUCUCGAGGAAAUCCAUCGACUCCUUGAGACUUAGAACUUUUAGUGAUGUAUACAAUUUCUCACAUUGGUCCCCAGCCGAUGAAGCUGCCGACAUGUGUUGCACUUAAUACGAUGGGUGAUACCACUUAUUAACUGUAGCUGCUAGUCAAAACCUACCACUGAGGUUAUGACAGCUUGAAAUUGUAAACAUUGUCCUUCGUUAUAGCAAGUAACAACAUGAGGUCAACGGCUUUUUCACACACAGGAAGCCUUCUUUUUGUUUCACAGACAUGAACACCUUUAUCAUCAUCUGGAAAGAAACCAUCCCUCUUUUUUUUUUUAAGAAAAGAAAAUCUGUUGAUGAUUUAUUUGUUGCAUUUGUGGAUGUGUGUCCAUGACAUGUAUUUAUUUACUUGUUUCUCUUUUUUCUGUCAAAUCGAGCGCGUGUCGACGAGCUCUGUUGAUUGGUGGCACACUGGUUAAUUGUGAAUCAACAAAGAACAUUUGUCCUGAAAGUUCUUGUCCAGACAUGUCAUUUAAAUCUUCUAUUUAGUUCCUGAUAAACAUCGAGUGAAAGGUUGUGAGCAUUCUGAAAUAAUGUCGAUGUGGAACCUUUAAAAUGUUUUGUUUUGACUUAAAGAUAGUCACCAAACAUUUGAUUCUUUAAAACACUUGAGACUGAAGUCAGCCAAACUCGUUCCUCGACCACAUUUAUGUCUCCCUACGAGCAGAGGUGGUGAAUUUGACAUCAGGCGGAACAGAUCUCUCAUACGGACAAUACUUCUUGUGUAAAACAAAACAGUGUUAAAGAGUGACUGAUGAUGUAUGUUCCUGUGACAGACAACUCAACCAACGGUCCAAUAAAAUGUGAGAUUUCAGGAUGUCCUCGAUACUAAAA